UACGUUCCUCCUUUUUUGACAAUACAAUUAUUACCUACUGGAUACAUAAUAAUUUUCAAUCAAUUGAAUAAAUUUAAGCUAUCUUAUUUUUUUAUCUAUCUUAUAUUAACCAUCGAACAUUAGAAUUUUUGAAUGGUGGCCAUUGAAACUAAUUAUUAUUUUCCUCAGUUAUUACAUUCUUGCUAUUGCUUCAGUCAUUCGGUGCCUUUUUUUUAUGAUAGUACAGAAUAUGUAUUAUCGUGCUGAUUAUGAACGAUAAAGAAAGCGUGGAUCCGCAGUUACAGGAUUUCAUAGUAGCUGAAACACAGAAGCAACGUUUUCAGGUUCUGGUCCAUGGUCUAACAGAUACAUGUUGGGAUACCUGUAUGGGAUCUCCUACGAACCGUCUCGAUUCUAAGACUGAAGUAUGUAUAAUGAACUGUGUUGAAAGAUUCAUUGAUACAACUACAUUCAUCACUAGACGGCUGAUGAACACUACUAAAUACCGCUCAGAAGCUCCUCUUGAAUUUCAGUAAUUUUGAAAACUCAGUAUCCUAAUAUUUCAGCCAUGUUUUCUAGUGUUCGAAAUUUUCUGCACCGACAUCGAAGGAAGUUUUUUAUUACCGGUACAGUAUUUGGAGGACUGUACAUUUUAUCAAAUUAUGCUCAGAGAAAGUUGAGAGAAUGGCAAGAGAAAGAAGCUAAAAGGUUCUUUGAGAUGACCCGUAAAAAACAGCACUUUGAAAGCACUGAACGUACUUGUACUCAAACCAUACUUUCUUUAUCAAAAAUUGUAUCGGAAAGUAUAUUAGGAUUACUAAAUACAGAGGAAAUAGUCCAAAAAUUACAAGAAAACCCUGAAAACAAAUUAGCACUAUGGGAACAAUUGAAGCUCAUGAUUUUCACUAGAAUAUGUGUCCUUGUGUAUGCUCUAAGCAUACUUCAAGUGACAUUAAGAGUUCAACUAAAUAUAGUGGGUGGCUAUCUUUACAGAGACUCUGUAAAUGACGAGGACCCACUUAUAGAUAGUGAUUUACAGGCAAGAUACUUGUCUUUAUGCCAUCACUUUGUUGGACAAGGUGUUGAGGAUUUAGUGAAACAAAUUGAGAAGGCUGUGAAAAGAGUAGUAGAACCAGUUUCAUUAAAAAAGAAAAUCACCUUACAAGAAGUGGAACAAUUGUUUUGGUCAAUACAAACUAUUUUAUGCACUGAUACAGCAGAUGGUGAUCCUGUAAAGAAAAUGGUACAUUACUUGGUUGGACACACAGAAAUAAAUGAAGCCAGACUAGAUACUAUGGUCAAAGAAACAAUGGAUAUAUUGGAAAGUGAUGAAGUGACAUCUAUUGCAAUGUCAUCAGUUAGCCGAAGUUUCUCUUCUGUUAUUGAUGAAAUUGCAAACUUAUUUGUAAACAAGUCAACUCCAACUACUAAGAAUCAUCUGGAAAUCGAUGAACAUGUCAUAACAAAUGGAGCAUUGAAAUUAGGGGCAUCUUCAAAUAAUUUUGUGGAUGUAAAUAAGGUGGAAUUACACUUUGUCAAGUUGAUCCCUGUGGUGAAUGAACUAAUUACCAAGAAUAUGUGCAAGGGUAAUACUAACAUUCCAGAUUUAUUAACACAGCAACUCACACUUAAUGAAAAACUGAAACUACUAGGUGCAAAUAUUUAUGAAGUAUUUAGUAGUAGCACAUAAAAUUUAACCUCAUCAGGCUCCUAUAAAUGUAUACUUAUAGUGAGACUUACAAAUAUUUUUAUGGUGACUUGUAGCUUUAGCUUAUUAUGUAGAUUCUAUUGGUAUAUGAAUCAAAUUGCUUUAUACUUUAUUUAGAGUAGUCUAUGGUAAUGUUUCGACAUAUAAUUUUGUAAUAAUACCCAUGACUAUUAGUGUAGGGGAGGUGUUAAGUUCUUUUUGUAGUAUAAAAUAUUUGGGGGAAUAAAUAUAAAUAAAACUUAAAUGGCACCAGACAAAUAUUUCUAUUUCAUUCCACUGUAAUGUUUCAGUUCGUUAGUGAUGACCACUUUAAAAUCUUAUUUAUUGAAAAACAUUUUGUAUAGGCAAUAGGGUUGUCAUCUUUUGACUUAAUUUAAUAUUAGAAAUGUUAUCAUUAACAUUUUUUCUAUGACUCUGCCACUACUUUUGUAUUACAAGUUUAUUUGGAAUCAGGCACAAAUAUCAAACGUGGCUCUUAAAUCAAUGUAAAACUGUGAUUUUGUAAGAAUACAUUUUUUUUUAUUACCUAAACAUUUAUAUAUAUAUAAUAAUAAUGGUAAGAUUCGCUAACAGUUUUUGCCUGUUUUUGACUGUCCAGGAUGGAUCUUUUUUUGUAAUUGAAAUGACAAACAAGGUGACGGCCCAUCUGAUGGAAAACGGUAACCGUCACCUUUAUACAUGCUAAGAGUAUCACAUACAUCACUUUAUAAUGUGACCGCUAUGAUACCCCUCAUGCGUCGCCAUCCUGGAGGACUAAAAUGUCAAGGCUCUUCUCAAAGCUAACUGCUGGGCGGUUGAAAUAUGUAAGACUAAGGUACGCACACACUACACCACUACCAUGUAUACUCUAUUAAAUACUACUCUUAUGAAAUUUCAAAAGGUUCUGUUAAGACAUCACGGCUCCAAGAUAAAUAAUGAACUCACUUCAUUUUGUAGUAUAUCCCGUUGAAAAUAAUAUUAAGUACUAAGUUGUACUCGUGCAAGUUCCUACAUACUAGUGAGGUGCCUAUAUAAAAAAUGUCUGUUCGUUAAUUUCUAUAACAAAUCAAUUACAAUAAUAAACCGUGUGUACGAUAGUCAUUACUACAAUAUUCAAAUUUAUUUCUGCUCUUGAAAACAGUUCUAUAAAUGCAGGAUAAUUAAAGUAAAAUUAAUAUAAACACAUACGUAGGUACUUAGUAUAGAGUUAUAUUUUGUGUUUUGUUUUCCUUCAAUUGCACUGUUUUUGUAGUGCCAAUAAUGAAAUGUUAAAUAAGCUUUUAUGUACAUAUUUACAUUAAUAUAUUUUUCAU